AUUGGGCCUGGAAUUCCAAAGCGAUGGUUUCCUUCUACACGGCGAUUUUGAAUUUGAAAAUCGCGCUGAAUUUUCUCCUGUUACAUAACAGUCCAAUGAAAUUUCGACUCAGUUCCACGUCAUUUGUCUGUCAUCCGUAUAAAUCCACAGCCCGGUCGCUUUAGUAAACGUUGAGCCAACACGUUUUUUUCCAGAAGCACCCUCUCUUCUUCUUCCCCCUUUCUCUCAAGCUUCCAUUUCCAUUCAACAAAAACUUUUAAAACCCUAACCUCCAUCUCUGAUUUUCUUCAAUUUCUUCCUUCUCGAUUCUGCAAUUGUUCAAACCUUGUUAUGGCGUCUGCUAAUAUUUCUUCACGAACGAUCGAAAUCACUGUGAUAUCGGGAGAGAAUCUGCAAGUUCGUGGAAAGCUGAUCAAGAGCGAUGUGUUCGUCACUGUUCGAUCUGAUCUUCACAACAAGAACGACUCUGUAAGCACGAAAAUCGACCGCGACGCCGCUGGAUUUCCGCGGUGGAACGAGAAGCUCGUCGUCGAUCUCCCAAUGCACUCCAGGUUUCUGGUUGUGGAGGUUUGUCGUAGAUCUUCGGGGCGAAAGAUCAAUAUCGUCGCGACGGCUAGGGUUCCGGUGGCGGAUUUUAUCGCCGGAUACUUGCCGGAAAAUCAUCUGCAGUUUUUGAGUUACAGGUUGAGAGAUGAGAGAGGCGAGAGGAAUGGAAUUGUUAACUUGUCGGUGAGAGUGAAGAUGGCGGCAGGAGUUGAGCAUUCUUUGUUGCAGAAGCAGGGGAUUGGAGCUCCGGUUCCGUUGCCGAUGCCGCAAGGAAAAUUCCACGGCGGCGGCGGAGUCGUAACCGGUGUUCCGAUAUGGAGCGUUGGUUAUCGAGGUCGAUUAUAAAUUUCUUUUUAAAAUUACUGAAAAUCAAUUCUUUUUA